AUGGAAAGGACCAACUGGACAGAGAUUGAGUUUAUUCUGCAGGGACUUUCUGAAUACCCAAGAAUUGAAAAACUUCUUUUUGUGUUGUGCUUGGUGAUGUACCUGGUAAUCCUUCUGGGGAACAGCACUUUGAUCAUCCUAACUCUCCUGGAUUCCCGCCUCCAUGUGCCCAUGUACUUUUUCCUUGGUAAUCUUUCCUUCCUAGACAUUUGGUACACAUCCUCCUUUAUCCCCUCAAUGCUGAUACACUUCCUAUCAGAGAAAAAAACGAUCUCUUUCACUAGAUGUGUUAUUCAAAUGUCUGUCUCCUACACUAUGGGAUCCACAGAGUGUGUUCUCUUAGCAGUGAUGGCCUAUGACCGCUAUGUGGCAAUCUGUAACCCACUGCGGUACUCCAUCAUCAUGAGCAAGGCACUCUGUAUUCAGAUGGCAGCUCUCUCCUGGAGUUUAGGACUUCUCAACUCAUUGAUAGAAACUGUUCUUGCAAUACGGUUGCCGUUCUGUGGAAAAAAUAUCAUUAAUCAUUUUGUUUGUGAAAUACUGGCCUUUGUCAAACUGGCUUGCACAGAUAUUUCCUUGAAUGAGAUUGUUAUAAUGUUGGGCAAUAUAAUAUUUUUGUUUUCUCCAUUAUUGCUGAUAUGUAUCUCAUACAUUUUCAUCCUUUCUACUGUACUAAGAAUCAAUUCAGUUGAAGGAAGGAAAAAAGCCUUUUCUACCUGCUCAGCCCACAUGACAGUGGUGAUUGUGUUUUACGGGACAAUACUCUUCAUGUACAUGAAGCCAAAGUCAAAAGACUCUGCUUUUAACAAGCUGAUUGCCCUGUUCUAUGGCGUUGUCACCCCCAUGCUCAAUCCUAUCAUCUAUAGCCUGAGGAAUGCAGAGGUGCAUGGAGCUAUGAGAAAAUUGAUGAGUAGGCAGUGA